CCACAUCGUAAUACCACGAAAGGUUUACAAUGUUGACUAGAAUUCCAGAAAAAAAUGGAAUUCCCUGGUUAACACAGAACGCAAACAGCUGCAACUGUCAAUGUCAAACCCGCAUGUGAAUGUAAAUAGUGUUUACAAACGAAAAGUUAAUAUUUUAUAAAACUUACCGAAAACAAAAUGAGUUUCAGAAACUAUAAAGAGAAAAUUGACGAAGGGGACACUGUAAUAUUACACUUAAGCAGUAAUUUGUAUGCUUUAGAAGUGAGACCUGAAAUAAAAAAUAGGAAAGGUGAUAUGAUAGAAAAUGUGUAUCAGACACCUUAUGGUGCCCUGAAGGUUAAAAGUCUUAUAGGAACCGAUUACGGAAGCCGGGUGGAUUUACCCAAAGGAUGGUGUCAUGUGCUACAACCAAACCCAGAGCUGUGGUCUCUGACCUUACCACAUCGCACACAAAUUAUCUACACACCAGACAUCAGUAUGAUAUUAAUGCAAUUAGACUUGGUACCAGGCAGUUUUGUUGUUGAAGCUGGUACUGGUAGUGGGUCUCUCACCCACGCUCUCAUCCGCCGAGUACGUCCACACGGCCAUGUCUAUACAUUCGACUUCCAUGAGCAUAGGACAAAUGUAGCCAGGGACGAGUUCAAAGAACAUGGCCUGGAAGAUUUUGUUACUAUACAACAUAGAGAUGUGUUAGCCGAUGGAUUUGGCUCGGAUUUGAAUGGGAAAGUGGACGCCGUGUUCCUGGAUUUACCACGGCCGUGGGAGGGGAUCCCACAUGCCAUUACUGCUUUUAAGCAACAAGGUGGUCGUUUCUGUUCCUUCUCGCCAUGCAUAGAGCAAGUCCAGCGCACCUGCUUAACGCUCCAAGAGCUCGGCUUUCAAGACAUUUCCACCAUGGAGGUGCUUCAGAGCGAACUUAAAGUCAGCUCAAGGAAAGUGGCUGUUAGAGAUUUGUCCUUCGUGAGACAUAAGAGUUCGGAGAGUCCAGUGGAAGAGAAACCAAACAGUGAAAAGAGUUACACAGUGGCCGCGUGGCCGACCAGCACGACAGGACACACUGGCUACCUCACAGUGGCCACGUUGCCGCCCGCUUUUAUUACAAAAAAAUCACCAAACAAUAUUGAGAUCCAGAAUGAUUUGACAACAAACUGUGAAGCAAUGGCUGUAGACACGGCAGCUUGAUAUACUAUUUAAGUAAUCAAAAUAAAUAAUGUAAAAUAAUAA